UGUCCCCUUUUCUCUUAAGUUUAUUAAUAUAAGAACUCGCUACCUGUCAUUAAAAUUUGCCCCGCAAAAUCCGAUGUCUGAUUACAAUACUCUGCGUCAUCAAGCAUUCCGAAAGCUCUAAUAUAUACUCAAUUAAACCAUUUACUAUCCGUUCAUCAAUUAACCUUACGAUCACCCACAAAAAAUCAAUCAGUAUAAAGGACGUUGCUUUUUAUACCCGCGUUCAGUACCCGACCAGCAUCCAACAUUCGUGGGCGUCGUACUGUGACAGGGUUCCAAGAUGCUCACUAUCAGUUUACUUUUAGUACUUUGUGUGUUUAACGUAAACGCUGCUGUGCAGAAUGUGACCUGUCCCGCUGUGAGCACUAGAGAGUUGGAUUUGAAAGAACUAGACGGAAAAUGGUACCUAGCAGGCGCGGCAACCGACUUACCUCUGGAAGGAGACUGCGCGAUGGUAGUGUUUAACCACAAAACUGACAACACCACAGAUGUCUCCAUCAGCUGGAUCAACAACGACACUAUCAGCUUCUACAAUGGCUCGGUAGCUUUGAUGAUGGACCCCAAUAGCAGUACUGGUGAUGUGCUGCAGAUAACUUAUACAGAUAAGCAAAGCCAGCUGUACUACUUCCUCGAUGUAAACUAUGAUCACUAUGCGGUGGUGUUUUCGUGUUUGGACAGUAAUGAUGGCAGCAACAGCAGCACAUAUGAACUCUGGAAGCUCAGCAGAAGCCCGCACCUCAAAGACCAGGACGCCGAUAAGAUCAGCAAGGCAAUAAUAAAUUACAACCUGCAAGACACCCAGUUCGUCAAUUUCAACGCCACAGAAGAUACUUGCAGCGGAGGCAGCGACAUGCAUCCCUCCAUAGUUAUUACGUCGGCUGCCACACUUGCACUAUUUAGAAGAUUUUAUUAAGUUUAUUUUUGUUUAAAAGUCACACUAACACGUCGCCAAAAACCCGCUCCCAUACAAUUUAAGUUAUGCUCUGAUUUUUAAGCGACAUGCUUUAAUGUCAUGAAACGUGGUAUGAAGAUUUACGUAACAUAUUCGUUGCUAGAUAUUAUAACACAAAUAAAUUAGAGCGAGUAGAAAUUUUGUUU